AUGAUGUUGUCUAGAGUAAAUGCUGGCAACUGUGGGAUCAUUACUAUAUAAAAUACAUUAUCAUACAUUUAUUUAAUAAAGUAUAAUAAACAAUAAUAAAUGAAACAGUAAAUAGAGAAAGAAGUGACUUUAAAUCGUAAACUCAAAUGGACUCAUUUUAUUUUAUUUUAAUUCCUUGUUUAUGUGUUUGUAUUAGUGUACAAGGCAUAUUAAAAUUGUUGUACUUUAUUUAUUUUUAUUUUUCACUUUUAUUUUUAUUUGUAUUUAUAAAAAAAAAAUCCACAUCCGGGCCCUCAUAUUCGUCUACUUCCGUCUUUUGCCCCUCCCAUCAUAUCCAAUCACUUCCUUGACCGGAAGUUUUGAAUGAAUUGUACGCGGGAAAGUCUCUCAGGCAGCUUCAUCCGGACAACCUUAGAGGUCAGUUUUCAUUUGAAGCGCGGGAAAAAAAUGAAGGUGGUAACGUGUGAAAUUGCAUGGCACAACAAAGAGCCUGUCUACAGUUUAGAUUUUCAGCACAGCACGGAUGGACGGAUACGCAGACUGGCCACAGCUGGAGUGGACACCACCGUCAGGCUCUGGCGGGUGGACAUGGGUCCAGACGGGAAGGCCGUGGUGGACUUCCUGUCAAACCUGGCCAGACACACGAAGGCUGUCAACGUGGUUCGUUUCAGCCCCAACGGAGAUCUCCUCGCUUCCGGAGGGGAUGAUGCAGCAAUUCUGUUGUGGAAGCUGAACGAUACGAAGGAGCCCGAGCAGACUCCCGUGUUCCAAGAGGAUGAAGACGCUCUGCUCAACAAGGAGAGCUGGUCUGUGGUCAAAACACUGAGGGGUCACAUAGAAGACGUAUACGACAUCUGCUGGACGAGGAAUGGGAACUUCAUGGUGUCGGGCUCUGUUGACAACACCGCUAUCAUGUGGGACGUCAAUAAAGGACAGAAGUUGUGUAUCCUAAAUGAUCACAAGAGCUAUGUGCAGGGAGUGACCUGGGAUCCUCUGGGGCAGUAUGUCGCCACUCUCAGCUGCGACAGGGUGUUGCGAGUCUACAGCACCCACACUAAGAAAAAGGCCGUCACUGUCAGUAAAAUGAGCUCAGGACAGCCUGCAGAAGGGGGAGAGGCCAAGCAGUACCGAAUGUUCCACGACGACAGCAUGAGGUCCUUCUUUCGCCGUCUUUCCUUCACGCCGGAUGGCUCGUUCCUUCUUACCCCAGCUGGAUGUGUGGAAGUUGGAGAAAACAUCAUUAACACCACCUACAUCUUUUCCAGGAAAAGUCUGAAAAGGCCCGUCGCUCACCUGCCGUGUCCAUCCAAAGCUACGCUGGCUGUGCGCUGCUGCCCCGUUUACUUUGAGCUCAGAACCAAAAAGGGAGAAGAUGGAUCCAUCCAGGAUCUCCCCAACUUAUUCAAGCUUCCCUACCGGAUGGUGUUUGCCGUGGCCUCGGAGGACUCCGUCUUCCUGUACGAUACGCAGCAGAGCCUUCCGUUCGGCCUGGUGUCCAACAUCCACUACCACACACUCAGCGACCUGUCAUGGUCUGGCGAUGGUUCCUUCCUGGCCGUGUCCUCCACAGACGGUUACUGCUCCUUCCUGUCCUUCUCUCCCGGAGAACUGGGCACCCCCCUCAAAGAGCCCCCCACCUUAGAGGUCUUUGUCCCGAACAGUAGCGAGAAAAAAGGGAAGAGACCCGCAGCAUCCAAGAACUCGCCGCCGUCAUCGCAGCUCGCAAGUUCCUCACCUAACGUGAGCAAAGACGCCUCCUCCUCUUCUACCCCCUCAGAGGAGAAGAAGGCCACGCCGAAGGGCGCGUCGAAAGCGCAGCCGCGUCGGAUCACCCUCAACACCCUGGAGGGGUGGGGCAAACCCAGCCCCCCCAAAGCUUCAACACAGCCGACGCCGGCGUCUCCCGCUACUCCCCAAAACUCCCCCGCAACCAAGCCACAAAUAACCCCCUCCACCCCAAAGGUGCAAAACACGGCUACACCCACCACCCCGAAAGUCACCCCGAAGGGACCCACGCCCAGGAGAGUUUCUCUGACUCCCAUUGCGUCGCGAUCUCCAAGCGUUGCUUCACUUUUUCAGGCUCCUUCCUCCACAGAAAAGGCCAAACAUGAACGACCCUCUCCCCCCACCGAUCCAGUGUGCCAACCCCCAGAAUCCAAGAGGCCUAAAACCGCCGAAGAGACCGCCGCCGCCGUCGUCAGCCAGGAUUAACAUGUUCUUCAGCACCAUUUUUUCCCCCUUACUUUAUGACAUUAAAAGCUCAAAAAGUGUCAGGAACUCAAAGAAGAUGAGUCUGGAAGUUUGACAAAUAAAAGACGAGCACUUUGAUCAGAGGCUGAAA